AGCCUUCACGGCUCAAGCCUUCCCACUUUAGGGGGGCCGGCCGAUUUUCUUCUUCGCCCGUUUGCCAUGUCACAGUUGACAUGUUGUGCGGCGCUGGGGCCUGGCGGAGCUUGCGAGGAUGGCUUGGUCUUGGCGCACAGUCUGGAGCGUUCCCUUCGCCAACUUUGGCAAGAGAGAUCAUUGAUGGCACACUGAAUCUCUCCACUUUGCCCCGGCCCAUGCUGUUGAGCGGCGCUUGUGAUGGAGCGGACUCCCUGUUCGGGCGCCACGCCAUUGCUGCAGACCAUGACGCUGUCCACCUGCUGGGGCCUGGUGACCGAGAGUGGGCGAGCGAGGCUGCGAAAUCUGGAGAAGUUGGCAAAAUGCUUGAUGUCGAGGCCGACCUCCUCGACGACCCUGCCGUGAGCAGAGCUUUCCGCGUCGCCGGUGAGCGCCGAGUGCUGGGCAGCCAGCGAGCGGAUGGCUGGGAGGCCAAGGCAGCAGCGAUGUCGGCCAGGCGCAACUUCCUGCAGGUGCGCCGAGCUGGUGCCGUCUAUGCUGUCGGCUGGCGCCUGGCGAAGGGGGCCGACCAGUUCACGGGGCGCGAGGCGGUGGCGCCAGGCGACGGCCCGUUCUGCUUUGCAGGGGGCCGACCGGGCGGACACCCGCACGCAGAAGCUUCCGCGCAGGGGCAGCGCUCCCCUCUCGCUCAGGGGAGCAGCGCCACGGGGGGGAGCGCCAGGGGCGCUCCCCCCCUGGCUCCCUGCCCCUGCACGAGCUUCCGCGCGGGAGGCUGUGGAGCUGGAUCUGGUCGAUCGGUCAGGCGGUGGCUGCUGAGAAGUCCCCGCCUCGCAGCCUCCGCGCUGCCCAGGCGAGACACCUCUGCUGGAUGUCGGCGGCGGCACUGGCUGGGCCUGCCAGUGGUACGCCGACCGCUUCGGCGCCGGCGGUGAGGACCCGGCCCGGUGCCGGCUCUACUUCUACGACGACGCCGGGCCGCCGUGGGCUCUCCGGGACGAGGCCACGAAGGGCAGGUGGAGCGCGUGGGAUGCCAGGCAGCAACGCUGGGCCCCCUUGGAUGGCGCACCUCCACCUCCAGAUAUGGGCUCUACGCCGGAAUUGGAGCCACUCGGCUGAGCGCAGAUGCGGAGCGUGCGAUCGAGGGGCUCUAUGCGGUUCGCUAGGCUGUCGCUCGUUCUGUAGCAGCGCCGGCUUCUUGUUGUCGCUGGGCCUCGAGCAGGCCUCCGAUGGCUGCGUGCCAAAAUUAUCCAGCGGCCUGCGGCAAAUCCAGCCACCGCUCAAGAGCAGCAGCACAUUAGGAUGGAAUGUCGAAUGUAAGACCCUCUCCACUUCAGCACCUUGUCUGAAAUGGCUCAGGUGUGGAA